AUGGCCAUGGCCAUUGAUGGUCUUAGUGGAGUGUUGGAUACCUCUGUCGAGUCUGGCCAUGAGGAAGCCAUGGGGAGACAGUCGAAGUUAAAAAGCUGGCUUGGCCAGGCUGAAGCAGAUCCACCACCGCACAUCCAGUAUCUGUCCAACCCUGACCCUUACAACCAACCAUCUGUAUCACAUAACCUCUUUUAUCCCAUGCCAAAUUUCACCGUGGCUGCCCCAGAUGCCAAAUUUCAUUUGACUUGA